AAUUAGUUUUCUUCUUCUAGUCUUCCGAAAUUAGGGUUUUCUGGGAUUCUCGUAUCGAUAAAGCCAUGGCUGAACGAGAAGACGUCGCAAGGGUUUCUCUUUCUGUUAAAAACGAGCAAGAUCUUUCUCCUGAGUCUUUAGCUUGGGCUGAUUCCUGCAUCGUCAGUUUUCCUGAUGAGUCAGACCACACCACUUGGGGAACUUUUAGAGAUGCUUUAACAGAAAUCAUCGAUAUCCAUCCCGAGAUGUUUGUUCCUUCCUCAACAAGAACAACUAGUGUCCUGCCUCCAGACGAGGAUAUGACUGAUUCCGAGCCAAUUGCUCUACGCACAUACCAACCUGAAGCUGAUAGUUCAGCCACCAGUAAAAAUAGUUCAUCGAAUGAAGAAGUCAGCGAGAUUGUAUCUUUGAUAACGUUUGAAUCAGACCCGUCAAAGAAUUCCUUACAAGAUCAUUAUUUUUCAGAGUCCAUAGCAGAAAAUGGACCCCGUGAACCAGCAGACGAUCCUACUAAAGACUUUGGAGGUGUUGAAAGUAUAGAAGAAGAUGGGUCAGUGAGCAAUGGAGAGGCGGAAGAGGAAGAACCAGAGUCUGUAUCGUCGUCUCAAGUAUUCAAGGAUGAUUUCAUGAACGCAUACAUUCAAGAAGAUGCUGACGAUUGUAAGGUUACAGAGGAACCGGUCGAUGUAACUCAGCAAGAGAUUUUCAAGGUGUGGGAUCUGGAGAUUGUGGGGGAAGGUGAUGAGGAAGAAGGGUUGGUGCUGCAGCUGAAGAAGGCCCUCGUUGAUUCUUCCACAGUACAGCCCCUUCCACAGCCACUGAAUGAUGAUACAGUUGUUAUCGAUGAUCUGAUAGCUGGGAUCUCGGAUCUGUCUCUUGCAGAAACUUUUAAGUGAAAAGAUUGAAGGUUUCAAGUACAUGUGUUUUUAAAUUGACAUCAUAAACUGUCUUUUGCAUUACUAAUCCUUAACCGGCACAAACCGGAUUUGAGAUU